GAAUGAAGUAAGAACAAUUAUGCAUUUUAUUCAUAAUUGAGUCCAAAGUACUGUUACUACUACAGUACAUGCAUCAAAAUAAGUGAACCCAUCCUCCAUCAAACCCCAUCAAUUCACAACCGAUAAACAUAAUUAUUUGGGGAGCAACAAUUUCUGCAACUUCAUUUCAUUUCAUUUCACUUCCUCAAACAACAAAAAUGAUGAACGCAACUCGAGCAGAAGCUGAACGGUUACUAGGAAUCUCCGAAAAGCUUCUCCAAAACCGAGAUCUAAUGGGUUCCAAAGAAUUCGCAAUCCUAGCACAAGAAACCGAACCCCUUCUUGAAGGUUCCGAUCAGAUCUUAGCAAUCAUCGACGUUCUCAUCGCUUCCGAAAAGCGCGUCAACAACAACCCUGAUUGGUACUCCAUCCUCCAAAUCGAUCGCCGAUCCGACGACCUCGACCUUAUCAAGAAACAAUACCGCCGUCUCGCUCUUCUCCUUCAUCCCGACAAAAGCCGCUUUCAUUUCGCCGAUCAUGCUUUCAAGCUCGUUGCUGAUGCUUGGGCUGUUCUCUCCGAUCCGGUAAAGAAAUCUCAUUAUGAUAAAGAUCUAUCUUUUUUCGCUCGGGUUGAUUUAUCGGUUCCUGGUUGGGUUCAGCAAGAUAAGUUACCGGUUCGUAGAACCGGGCCUGGGCCUGUUAAUGGGCCCGGUCCACGGAACAGUGCGGCGUCUGCUAGAGAGGAGGUAGCUGCGGAUGUUCGGAGAAAUGCGACUUUUUGGACGACGUGUCCUUAUUGUUACCGUUUGUAUGAGUUUCCAAAGGCUUAUGAGGGGUUUUGUUUGAGAUGUCCUAAUUCUAGUUGUGAUAAAUCAUUUCAUGGUGUUAAUGUUCCGUCUUUGCCGCCGUUAGUUCCGGGGCAAGAGGCUUAUUAUUGUUGUUGGGGUUUUUUUCCUAUGGGGUUUGUGGUUGGAAAUGAUGGUGCUGAGGAGAAACGGGCUGAGCCGGAGCUGGCGCCGGAGAUUGUGGUGGAGCCGGAAGAACCUGCUCCUGUGCCAAUAUCGGUUCAAGGUGUGUCUGGGUCUUCGCUUCCGAAUUGGAUGCCAGCGCCUGUGCCGGUGGAGAAUGGUGGGAAUAAUGUAGUGUCGGUGACGGCUACUGUUACUACACCGGUGAGGGUGACUACGAGGUCAGGUGCUGUUACUGGUGGUGUUUCAAAUGGUGUUGCUUCUGGUCCGAAGAAGCGUGGAAGGCCGAGGAAGUAUUAUUAAUGUGUUUGGAAUUCCUUGAGAUCGUAGUGGACCAGAAACAAUAAUGUUAGAAACUGCGGCUGUGUUCGGUUUUUUUCCGGAGCUGGAAUGUGUAAGCGAUUUGAUAGUUUUAGUUAAGGGCUGAAGCUGGUUUGGUUGGAUAGUUUGUAGGUACUGUUCAUGUUGUAUUGUUUAAUAAAUUUGUUUUUGUAGAUAUAGUUAACUUAAGUUGGUAUAUUUUACUCUUUAGUAUUUGCCAUUAGGGUCGAUUCACCAUUUCUGCUAGUUGGUAAGAAUGAGAACAAUGUGUCAACCUUGAAUGUUAGGCUGUUGCAAUAUGCGUUUCCUUAAUGUUUCCUGCGUCUUAUUGUGCUGUGGCUUUUCUAAAGUUGCAAAUGCAAACUUUUGAGUAAUCACAUGUUAGUGGCUUUCUUGUUGUGGUA